AUGGACGAAAAUCGGCAUUUGCAUCGCACUGCGCUGGCCUACGUCAACCAGGUGUUUCAGCAGAUAUCUGGCAUCAACCUCAUCACCUACUACGCGCCGACGAUCUAUCAGAAUCAAAUUGGCCUAAAGGGACUUACUCCGCGAAUUUUGGCCGCAUGCAAUGGAACAGGUAACCCAGACGACCGAUGA